AAGAACAACAGCUAUUCAACGGCUCUGAGAUCAUGGUCGCUGGCCGACUUAAUGACUUAAAUGAAAUAGACAACUUUGAAAUUGAAGUGUUCGCACAAGGGUUCGAAAAUAACUUUGAGCUGAAAGGUCAAGCAAAUACUCAGAAGAGGGAAAUCAUAUUUCCUGAUGAAGAGUAUAGCUUUGUGGACUUUACUGAGCGUCAUUUGACCAUCCAGGAGCUCUUGGAUAAGAAAGGCAAGGGUACACCAGAGGAGAAAGGAAAUGCCACUGAUGAAGCUCUGUGCCUUUCGUUAAAGUACAAUUUUGUUACACCGCUUACCUCCAUGGUCUUCACUAAACCUGAAGAUGACACCAAAAAAGGCAUGUUUAUUGCUGACAAGCUGACUGAAGGUAUGAAUAAACUGUCAAAUAGCAAGCAGAAGUUUGCAAGAACUCAUGGAUAUGGCGCAUUAAAAAACCAAACAAAAAAAAAACCGUCUCAG